AACACAAGCAAUAACAACGGCUGACUGCUGCCUUGCGAUACUAUAGACUACCUUAUCCCCUUUCAUACUUACUGUAUAUAGUUUGCAACCAUGUCGUUCUUUGGCAAUUUGUUUCAAGGUGACGAUGACAAGAAGAAGAGUGGUGGAGGUGGGAACAAAAGUGGUGGGGGUCCCAAGAAUCCAUUCGCCAACAUGGGCCAAAAGAAGUUUCAAGGAUCCGGCAAGUCGUUGGGUGGAACAGGCCCAGGAAAGAUUAUUCAUAUUGAGCUGAAAGAUUCUGGGACGCUGGGGCUGAGAAUCGAGAAAAGAGCAAAUGGCCAAGGUACAUCUAUCGUGUCAAUGGUUGUCCCUGGCAGCCAAGCAGACGUCGCCGGAUUGAUGCGAGGCGACAUUCUGUGCUUUGCUGGAUCAGAAGGAAAGUCGGAGAUCAUGUAUGAUGAUUUUUUGGCCAUGGCAACCUCAGGGCAAAGACCGGUUGUCUUUGAUGUUCGACGAAUCACAACCAAAGCAGGCAACAACACGGCAGCCAAAACAGCAGACUCCUUUGCCCGAAAACAGGCGGUGAUAGCCGCUGCUGAGGCCCGAGAGAAGGCCCACAAAUCCAAAACCAAGCCCGUGCCCAAGGGAGAAAAGAAACUCCCUGUGAUUCUCUCUGCUGCCGAGAAGAGACAACAAGAUUUAGAGCGAGAAAGGGAUGCUCAACUGAAAACCCAAGAGACUCCAAAAACCGAGGAAGCUAGAAAAGCUAUGGAACUCGCCAAGCGAAAUGAAACUGAAUGGGCCAAUCAACUGGGAUACAAUCCCUAUGAAACCAACAAAGCGACGGCGGGACAGGCAAGAAAUGCCACUGUCACGGCUCAGCAUGGGGCCGUUGGGGGAGGUGCUUCUGGAUCUGGCGGUGGGUCAGCCGAGCCACAGUCCAUCCCGGCGGUCCGACCACCUGCGGAAGCUGCUGCUCCCGCCAAGGCCAGUGACAGACAGGUGGCAGAAGAUGCGAUAUUGAUUCACGAUCACCCGGAAUUUGAAGAGCCCUACACAAUGGUCCUUACAACCAACACUCAUGAUGUUGUUCUCAAAUCCUUUACCAUUAUCAGAACUUUAGUGAAGAAUGCAACAACCAAGGGACAAGCUGGGGACGAGGCCGGUGCCAAGUUUCGCCGUGUGAGACUCACCAAUGCAAAGAUCAAGGCUGCCAUUGUUGACAUAAAUGGUGGAUUAGAACUCAUGAUGGCGUUUGGGUUCCAGCUGGUUGAAGAAAACGGUGAAAGUUGUCUCGUCUUUCCUUUUGGGAGCAACGGACCCGCGUUUGUGGAGGCUGCCCUUCGACAGAUGGAACGAUACGAAAAGUCGUAACGGCAGUAGGCUAUACACUUAGACUACCGCGAAACAUAGAUAAGCGCUUUGGGUUGACAAAGAACCCCCGAAUCUUCCUGAACUUUUUAUGUGUAACUAUAGUCUACCUGAAGAAUGUAAGUCUAGCGGACCCAGUAGAAAUAGGGAUGUUCCUUUGGUUUCGGUCUGUGGAUUUGCAACCGCCUACUAGUUAGUCAUCGACAACGCUAAACAAAGAACUAGCUUCUAGCUAGAGAACAGAACAAAGUGAAGCCUUGUUCUUCAGUUGAACUGAAGAUACUACCGGUAGUCAUGGCUCUACCGUACCGUACGAGACAUUGGAUAAAAAGUACACACACCGAUUUAUUUCCUUCAAGAGCUUCCAUAGUUCUAAUUCUAGUUUUCUGCCUUUUCU